AACCCUUUAACUUAUAGUGGUACAAAUUCCCGACGGCUGUUAAACGCAGCGGCAGCCCCAUGCAGCAGGCAGGGAAGUGGUUGACAAGAGUUUCCGCAUUAAACUCGUCCAAACAACGAUCCUACCAUGGCAACAGCGCGGAUCUGUGUCCUGUGUGUUGUCCUUUGCACGACUUUGGCCGAAGAUGUUAAAUUAAAGUAUAAAGCCUCCACCAAACCUGUCCGAUUAUUCACUGAGGAGGAGCUGAGGAGAUACGACGGCAGCGAGGAGGGACAGCCUAUUUACAUGGCAAUAAAAGGAGUGGUGUUUGAUGUCACCAAGGGAAAAGAGUUUUAUGGAAAAGAUGCACCGUACAACGCCCUGGUUGGGAAGGACUCCACUCGGGCUGUGGCUAAGAUGUCCCUGGACCCAGCAGACCUGACAUCAGAUACCACGGGCCUCACUGAAGAGCAGCUGACUUCUCUGGACAGCGUAUUCGAAGGCACGUACAAAACAAAGUAUCCCAUUGUUGGUUACACGGCAUCACGCAUCCUCACUGAGGAUGGUAGUCCCAACAAAGACUUCAAACCAGAGGACCAGCCUCAUUUCCAAAUCAAAGAUGAGUUUUAAUCUCAGACUCAGAACCCAAUAUGUGAUCGGUGCGAUACGUGUACAACCGGAGAACAAAUACAUUUGAUGGAAAUACUUUAAUUUUUACUUGAAUUGCAGCUUUACAUGAUGAUUUAUUAUCUGUGAGAGCUUUAACAUGCACAGACCUGAAGAAACCAUUUCAAUACUUACUGUAGUAACUCAAAUUUAAGAUGAGCACAGAGAAACUUUAGUAGACUCUUCAGCAGAUGAAUGUGAAAACAUCCUUUUAGUGUUUAACACAGUGAAGAUCAAACAUCAAUAAAUGAAGUAACAUUAUCUAGAACUUAUAUUAUACUUUCACUGAAAGACCAUCUACCUCUUUAGACCAGUGAGAGUGAGCAGACAGAUCAGAUGCAGUAAUCUAACUUAACAUCAGCUCUCACAUUCGCCUGAAUUACAUUUUAGUUGAGCUGCCACUGAAGAUCAUUUUCAUCAUUAAUGGCGCUUAAUUGUUUAGUUUAUUGAAUGCCAGAAAAUAGUAAAAAACGCCCAGAACUUAUGUUAAUAUCUUCGAAUGUCUCAUUUUCUCUCAACAUAUUCAAUUUAUAAUGAUUUAAAGUGGAGAAAAACAAAAAAGCCAGAGUCAAAACAAUAUCUUCUGCUUGAUAAAUUACUUAAAAUUGUUGCCAAUUCAUUUCUAAUUAAUUGUUUCAGCUUUAGAUUUUAGUGUAAAAUGUUGUAUUUAUGUAAUUAAAACCACUGAAUCUGCAGCACUGUGAAUGUUUAUAUGAUCACAAUCAGUCCAUUUUGUUUUCUGCCUGAUUUUUGCUUUUGUACAAUUAUCAUUAAAGUCUGUA